UUUUUUAAAUUACUUUUUCACUGUCUCAAAAGCUGAAGUAGCCAAAGAAGACCCGGCAAGUCACCAUGACCAAGUGAAUUUUUGUCUUUUCAACUAUACCUUUAAACAAUUUCCUCAUCGAAGUUUUGAGUAUUCAUUGGCUUUUCUUGCUCUCCUUUGGUUCAUUUAGGAGAGACAGAAGCUUCAAAGAAAAUAAGCAAAGGAAGCUGAGACUGAGACUCAGAGAGAAAAAGAAUGGCUUGCUUUGUGCCUUUUAACAAUAGAAAUUUGGAUGUAUGCCUUUUCAUCUUCAGGCCAACAGUAGUAUUGGUUGAUGAAUUUAUUGACGCCCUCAAACAAUUCUCUUUAUGCACUGAGACUCUUGGUUGUGUACAAAACUCUAUUUUCAAGAGCAUUCAUGGAAAUAUGAUUAUAUGGUAUGGAGCAUGGCUGAAGAGAUCUUGUGAAAACAAAGAAUCAUUAAGUACUAGCCUUGUCUCAAUGUUAACCAGUAUAUCAAGCAUGGCUAUCUUAGUUGAGCAUAGCUUCUUUGAUGCAUAUGCUGGAGAAUCAAGAGAUGGCUUCUCAGCCGUAAGGUUUUCCACUGGUGACACAAUAUCCAUGAAUGCAGCAAUAACCUCUGAUGGUGGAGACCUAAAUGACCUUUCUUAUGCAUGCUUAGCAUUAUUCAAAUCUCGCUUUCUAAAGAUGGAAGGUGUUGCUGCUGGAGUUUGUUUGAAAUGCCAAAGCAGCCCAAGGGUGGCAUGUCUUUAUGUGUGGAAGUCUCUCCAAUUUUGUUACUCGUGGAUUUUAAACUCGGAUCAUAGAAGUUCAAUGCUGUUGCCUUAUCUUGAUCGUCUUUCUCUCGAAUUUAAGUAUGACAUCUUUAAGGUAGUCUAUGUUAAUGGUGACAAUGUACAAAAUUUUCAGUCUUUAUCUCCUAUCGAAAUGUUAGAGAAUGGAGGAGAAAGCAAAGAAGGGCAGAUCAUGCAAAAUUGAGUAAUGCUCCCAAGGAAUAUGCAUGUUGUCUCCCCUUUACUUUAGCAUGCUUUAUGCUAUGUAAAUGAAUCAUUCUGGUUUUAUAAAGUGAAGGAAUUUAUGGCGACCUUAAUACCA